AUGACGAUGUUGUUGGAGGACGUGAUUCGUUCCAUUGAGCUAUGGCUGCGUCUCUUGAAGAAGCCCCAAUCCCAAACCUACAUCAACCCCAAUCUCGAUCCUGUGUUGUUGGUACCCGGCGUUGGUGGCUCAAUCCUUAAUGCUGUUAAUACCGACGGUAGCCAGGAACGUGUUUGGGUUCGGUUUCUCUCCGCUGAGUAUAAGCUGAAAACUAAGCUUUGGUCACGUUAUGAUCCUUCUACUGGAAAAACCGUAACAAUGGAUCCAAAAUCAACAAUUGUGGUUCCUGAAGAUAGGCACGGACUCCAGGCAAUAGAUAUUUUAGAUCCUGAUUUGGUAGUUGGAAGUGAGGCUGUAUAUUAUUUCCAUGACAUGAUAGUUCAAAUGCAGAAAUGGGGGUAUCAAGAGGGGAAGUCACUUUUUGGCUUUGGAUAUGACUUUCGACAAAGCAACAGGUUGCAGGAAACAAUGGAUAGGCUUGCUACAAAGUUGGAAUUAAUUUAUAAUGCUGCUGGAGGGAAGAAGAUAAACCUCAUAAGUCAUUCUAUGGGUGGUCUUUUGGUGAAAUGUUUCUUGUCCCUGCAUAGUGAUAUUUUUGAGAAAUAUGUUAAGAAUUGGAUUGCAAUUACUGCGCCAUUCCAGGGUGCCCCUGGAUGUGCCAAUUCUACCCUUUUAAAUGGAAUGUCAUUUGUGGAAGGAUGGGAGCAAAACUUUUUUAUUUCCAAAUGGAGCAUGCACCAGUUGCUGAUUGAGUGUCCAUCGAUAUAUGAACUAAUGGCCUGUCCUAAUUUUCAUUGGCAACACAUUCCUGUUCUGGAAUUGUGGCGUGAGAGACUUCAUUCGGAUGGGAAAUCUCAUGUUAUUCUGGAGUCAUAUCCGCCAUAUGAUAGUGUCGAGAUUUUGAAGCAAGCUCUUUUAAACAACAAACUUAAUUAUGAUGGUGAGGAAUUGCCUCUGCCCUUCAACUCAGAGAUUUUGGAAUGGGCAAACAAAACGCGGGAGAUUCUAGCUUCUGCCAAACUUCCAUCGGGUGUUAAAUUUUACAAUAUUUAUGGGACCAAUCUUCAGACCCCUCAUAGCAUUUGCUAUGGAAAUGCAGACAAGCCUAUUUCAGAUCUGCAUGACUUACGUUAUUUGCAGCCCAGAUACGUGUGUGUUGAUGGUGAUGGAACAGUUCCAGUAGAGUCAGCUAAGGCUGAUGGCUUCAAUGCGGAGGAAAGGGUUGGAAUCCCAGGGGAGCAUCGAGGUAUCCUUUGUGAGCCUCAUCUAUUCAGAAUUCUCAAGCACUGGCUAAGAGCAGGAGAUCCCGAUCCCUUUUACAAUCCUGUCAAUGAUUAUGUGAUUCUACCCACUGCUUUUGAAAUAGAGAGCCAUACAGAAAAGGGUAUAGUAGUAACAUCCCUUAAAGAGGAAUGGGAAAUCAUUUCCAAUGACCAAGAUGAUCAAAGCAAUACUGGUGACAGAAUGUCCUUGAGCUCAUUAUCAGUUUCGCAAGAAGGAACCAAUAAAUCCCAUUCUGAAGCUCAUGCUACUGUCUUUGUUCACCCUGGCAGUGACGGUAAACAGCACAUUGAACUCAAUGCAUUAUCUGUUUCAGUUGAUGCCUCAUGA